CGACGACGAGACGACCGCGACGUGCGUCUCUGUCGCAGACGAAAACGCAUUGCAACUGUUUUUACCUUAUAACGGUUUCGAUCGAAAGCCGCGCGUUUGAAAAUACAAAAAAAAAUAUGUUUUAUACGUACUGAGUGUUAUAAUACGUAUUAUAAUAAAUUCGUGCAAUUCAUAUUAGCGCGAUUUCGCAGCGCUGCAGCUUAGAUCGAACUCGAAAGGGUUUCGCCCCCAGUCACGUUACUCCUAGUGCCGCUGCAGCUGCGGUGUUAUUAUAAAAACGAAUCGUAACAAUAUCGCUAUAGCCUCGGCGGACUGCAACGCGACGAUGGCGUGCGCGUUUCACUAAACGGUUGUCUGGUGCAGCGCGCGAACGACGACGACGCGCGGCGGCCAUCGCAUGUCGUACAUGUCACCGAGGGACGUGGUCGGCGUCCGCGCCACCGGCAGCAUCAGCCUGUCGCCAGGCAGUUGCAUGGAAGCGCUGAGCGAGAGUUCAGCAUCGAGCGCGGCGGCCGCGGCGGGCGGAUCCGUCACCGUGUCCGACUUUCUGCAGACCAAGCGCAGCCUAUCGUUCUCGUCCGAACAGGUGUCGUGCAUGUGUGAGGCCCUCCAGCAAUCUGGUGAUGUGGAAAGGCUGGCCAGGUUCCUGUGGUACUUGCCGCCGAACGAACUACUCCGCGGUCAAGAGACCGUCCUCCGGGCCAGAGCCCUAGUGGCGUUUCACAGGAACGCAUUCCACGAGCUGUAUGCCAUACUAGAGAGUCAGAGCUUUGACUCGAGACAUCACUUGCAGCUCCAGCAGCUAUGGUUCAAGGCGCACUAUCUGGAAGCGGAGAAAAUCCGCGGCCGAACGCUAGGCGCAGUGGACAAGUAUCGGCUACGCAAGAAGUACCCGCUGCCAAAGACAAUAUGGGACGGCGAAGAGACCGUGUACUGUUUCAAAGAGAAGUCCAGAAACGCGCUGAAGGACUGUUACUUGAAGAAUAGGUACCCAACACCGGACGAGAAACGAGAACUAGCCCGGCGGACGGGCCUAACGCUCACGCAAGUCAGCAACUGGUUCAAGAACCGGCGGCAGCGCGACCGGACGCCUCAGCAGCAUAGUGAUUUGCUGAGUAUCGGUAGUUCAGAUAGCAGAAACUACGAAAUGACUGACAUGCACGGUGUCAAGUCGAUGUGUUACCAGAGCGUGGCCUCGUCCACUGGCGGCGGAAAAAUGGGUUCUGUAGUGGCAGCUGCGGCUCUCAAAUCUGCCACAGCCACGGUGGUGACCGGAUACCCAGCUUCUGACACGGAAAUGUUCCCGUCUGACUAUCCGUCUCACCACCUCCAUCACCAUCACCAUCAUCCCCACCAACACCAUUACAGCAACAACAACAAUAACAUAAACAACAACAACAACAAUCAUCUCAGUCACCUGUACCACAAUCACCAUCACCAAAUGCUCCAGCCCAUACCACAAACUUCGGCCGCAUCGCAUUCAUAAUGAAUUGAUGAUUAUUAAUUAACAUAAUAUAUAUUAUAUCAUUAUGUAUACUUUAUAGCAGUACUUCUAUCUUAUUGUAUUAUUAGGUAAUAAUAUGUAUUUUAAAAACAAAAAAUACAUAAUGGCACAAAUUGUACACAAAACCCCAUUAUCUAUAUAAGUAUAAAUAUUAUUAUUAUUUUUUUAGUUGAUUUUAUUUUUUUUCAUUUUUUUUUUCUAAUAAUGUCAAACAUAUUAUAUUAUGUUCAGUGAGCCCACAAUUUGUGUCCCGGAACAACGAACACGUCCGUCAGUCGAUUUGCGACCAGCAAAGAAAGAAAUAUAAUUAUUUAUUAUUAUUUAUUAAUAAACAAUAACUUAAUUCGAUCAAUAAUCGCACAUUUUAUAAAACUUUUAACAGUGAUUGUAAGAAAACUUAUUCUCUCAAUUUUUAAAAAACUGAGGCUAUAACUAAAAGCCUAUGGCUAUAUAUAUAUAUUAGCUGUAAAAAUGAGCCGCGACACCAUCACAUAUGCCUAGGUACUUACUACUUACCACCGGAACAGCUUUAAACUUACAAUUAUUUUAAGAAUCAUUUUUGAGCUGAUUUUGUAUUAAAUGUAUUUUAGUUAUUAUUUAAUAUUGCAGUGCGUGUGCUAUCGUCUAAUGGUCAUUUUUUUAGCUGGUUUAGCUAAUUUCUAAAAUGUCUGAUAUACCAUAUCAUCUUAUCAUAUUCGUUUUUUAUUUUUAAAUUAAACAACUUAUUUUUAUGAGUUGUGUUAGCUUUUCUGUGCAAAAUAAUAUACGUUUCAUACAUAGGUAAUACUAAGUAUGUGGAUAAUUGGAUAAUUAUAUUAAUACAUUUCGCAGUAAAUGCGAGUUCAUUUUAUUUAAUUUUGUUUAUAUUUCAAACUGACUUAUUUUUGUAUUUUAGUUAUCACAUUACGGCAUUGGAAAAAAAGACAAUGCUAUUUUUACCCAUCACAUCUUUAACACAAAAACGUAUAAUGUAUUAGUCAGUCUCAUACUUCUACAAAUGGGUAUGGAAUUUUGAAAAUAUAAUUAGUCGAAAUUAUUAGUUCGUACGCAUAUUAUACAAAUGUAUAUGAAUCAUAAAGUCAUAAGAUUUAAAAAUAAUAAAAAAUAUAUUGAUAUAAUAUUAGUCAUAUCUACCUUGUUUUGAAGCUAUUGCCAGAUAACAUACACAACUGUGCACGACCAGACACAUCUCAUUUGCGCGAUAUUUUUAUCUCGUUUAUAGGUUUUUUUUCUGGCAUGAUUAUUAUUCGAUUCUGCCUUACUCGUACGCAGCGAACAAAUACAGCACAAGCAAUGAUAUAUUAAUAUAUUGUAGGAAAACGAAAGACGCGAUAAUUUCUUCGUUCGACAAUAUUUUAUUAAAAAUAAUCGUUAUACUAAAUAUAUAAUAAUAUAAAAUCCCGAAAUUAUUGUGAUCUUUAAAUUUUGGAACAGAGAUAUUAUUUUAACUCUAUCAACCUUUAAUAAAUUAUUCCAUUAGGUAUCCAUUAUUUCGAUUUUUUUUUUAAUUUUGAAUGUUGUUACACUCUGCUCAUAAGAUUGACGGAGACUGUUAACAGUGUUACCGACGUUACUGGUGGACACGCUACACGGGUAUCACGUAGGUUGUAGGUAACUUAUUAACAAGCGCGAGUGAUGCUAUGGUAUAACUACGUGUUCUCCACGCCCACACUCAAACGGAACUUCACAAAAAAAAACUUAAUAAAAUCCUAAAAUAAGUUUUAACAUUAUUAGGUAAUAAUUGUCAUUUAGUUGAAACACAAGUUCGCGGGUUUUCAUGAGUUUCAUAAUAUAUUCAUAAGCAAAAACAUUAUAAAAGUUUUCAUUCAUAUCGUUUUUGUUAUUGAUUCAUUCGACCACCUGCCUACCAAAAACAAUUAAUGCUUGAUAGGGUUAUGACUUAUGGUAUUUAACGUAAAAUAAACCACAUUAUAUGAGGCCACUGACUAUUGCGAGUGACAAAUGACGGAUAACUGCAAUAUUAAAAAUAUCACAUAUUAUAUAUAUAGGUAUAUAGGUACCUAAGUGCUGUGGUGUGAUAAAUUUUUUUGCGAAGUAGGUUCCUAACGUUUGUGCGCCAUAAAGUUCGCCACAAUAAUACGCGAGUAACGAUGCAAUAUUGGCGUGUGCAAUCGAUUUGAAAAUAAUCACUGUAUGAGUAGGCAUAUUGUAUGACAUGUACAAUAAUAUGUAUAUGUGUGUAUGUAUAAAAUAUAAAUGAUUAAAAUAGUUUUUAUCGUUGUUACCUAGUUGAUUUAAUUGAAAUGCCAAAUACAUUUCGUAAGUGUUUAAUUAUAUUAUAUAUCGUGUAUACAUAAAUCUCAUCAAGUUGUCCCCCUUAGCAUUUAAUAUAUGUAAUGUUUUAUGAUAAUUUUAAAAUAAUAUUAUUUGUUUUUCGUUUUAAAACUAUAAUGUAAACCCCGAAAUCAGGUCUUUAGUUUCUUACGUGAUUUUAUACAUAAGUACCUAUAUAUACGAAAUGAUUACAAGCUAACUGACGUCAGAUUUAUGUUUUCAAUCUGAAUCCUUAUACCUAUAUAUAUGCCUGGCUUUCGUCUCGAUAUAACACGAUUUCAUGACUCUGGAAGUUAGAUAAUUCUAAAUUCGUAUAUACAUAUUAGAAAAAUUUGAUGAAGUAACGUGUUGUUAUUGUUGUUUAAAAUAUUUCGAAGGUAUAUUGGAACCCUAACACUAAGUAUUAGUCGAAUAGAACUAUAGAAGUCACGUCGAAGUAUUGUUUGGAUUGUUUAUUGGAAAACAGAAACCAAGCUUUACGUAUAUUACGUGCUGUGCUGCCGACACGAUUUAUGUAUAACCACAUUAAAAUCUCUUUAUGCGGGAUAUGGCACACGACCGUUUUUUGUUAAUUUUUUUUUUUUUAGUAAUGUAAAAUAGAAACACCCGAGUGGUUGUAUCGAACGGGUAUUCAUAUUUUUAUUGUAUAUUAAUAUUAUAUGUACUGUACAAAUUGUUCUUAAUAUAAAAUAUAACUGGAUAAUAA